CUGUUGCUGCGCGCGGACACACAGACCGACAAGGACGCUCCAGAGCCGCGAGCUGGGGACGGCGGUUCCAGAGAUGCGCGCGAGCCCCCUUUGAUGUGCCGCUCCGUUAAACCUUCACAUUCACCUGGAAGACUGUGUAACCCGGACACGAAGAUUUGGAGAAUAACUUUUUGAGACAAAUCUCAGAAUUACUGGAAUAACAAACACAACAACUACUGUAGAAAAAAAGGAGUUCCCCUUCGUCAAUUAAGGAGCAGCGGAGGACGUUUCAUUUGGGAACAAUGUAAGAAAAUAGCUGUCGGUAAAUACAUUCGGGAUUUUCUGGACCUACUUUACGCACUGGGAGCACAGUCGGAACUAAAGGACAUUCACAACUCCUCUCUGAGUUUUUUCCUGCUUCUUUAUCCCAAUCAUUUUGCCCAGUAUAAGACGACAUUUCCGUUUAUAACAAUGCGUUUUGUGGACUUAUCCUAGGACUUAUCCCCAGGCUUUUUUGGAAUUGGUGAAUGCCCCGUGAACGCACCGAUCUUUGACCACUGACAGUAUGCAUCAAAGGGACCGCUAACUUACCCUACUCAAGGUUCUUGUGAAUCUCAGGGUCGACUGAUGCAGCCAUGGGCCGAUCGCUGGAUCUUUGAGAGCAACCUUCCUCCCCCUUGUCCUCCACCACAUCCUUUUCCUCUACCCCCUGCUCCUCUUAUUCCUUUGCCCUACACAGCUGGAGGUAGAGUCCUGCGAAGCCAGAAACCUACGUCAUCAACCUACGAUUCCUUCUCCUUGCCUCCACCUGCAAACCAUGACAAGCAUUGUUUCUCGGAUUCCUGGCCAGUCGAGGUGGCCUCUCCCAGUGCUACUCUUGUAUUUUGUCCCUCUGCUGCUGAUGGAGGGUUGCCAUGCAGCACCCUCAGGCCCAGAAUCGGACUCCUGCUCCACCUUAGUCCAAAGCCGCUUCUUUGGCUUUUUCCUGUCAUCAUCAGUGUUCCCCGCCAUUCCUUGUUCCUGGACCUUGCAGAACCCUGACCCGCGGCGCUACACCAUCUUCAUCAAGGUGACCAAACCUACCGAGGACUGCGUGCCAUCACAGCUCCGCACCUUCCAGUAUGACUCCUUCCUGGAGACCACACGCACCUACCUGGGCAUGGAGAGCUUUGACGAGGUGGUGAGGCUGUGCGAUAGCUCUGCCCCAGUGGCCUUCCUAGAGGCCGGAAAGCAGUUCCUCCAAAUGAGGAAGGGACCGCCUCGGGCGGGGAUGGCCAUCACAGAUGGCGAUGCGGAUUUCAAAACAGAGUACCUGGUGGUGGGGAAGCGCAAUCCCAGCAUGGCGGCCUGUCAGAUGCUGUGCCAGUGGCUGGAGGACUGUCUGGCCUCCAGCACGUCUAACAGGCCCUGCGGCAUUAUGCAGACUCCUUGUUUGUGCUGGGAGCCGCCGCCGCUGCCGCCGCAGCCGCCGCAGCUCAGUGAAGGGGAGAACUGUUAUCACAAUGGAGUUUACCUGGAAAACUGUUUACCCAGUGUGAAAGAAAGUAGAAUAAAUGUUGAGAUAAAUGGUGGCUGGAGUGUGUGGGGUCAGUGGGCACAGUGCAGCAGUGAGUGCGGAGGCGGGGUUCAAACCCGGACACGGACCUGUCGGUCACCUCCGGAGGAGUCGUACCUGUGUGAGGGUGUGGUGGAGGAGGGCCGGCCGUGUAACUCACAGACCUGCACCGGCAAAGGUCGCCAUCUCUCUCGCAGCCAAUCGCUUCGCUCGGUGGACAGCCGCAAGCGUGAUGACGUAGACAAGCCCCGCAGUGGACAGCAGAGCCCUCAGACAGUAGACUCAGCUUCAGGUGAGGAGUGGUCAGCGUGGAGUGUGUGUUCUGCCACGUGUGGGGAGGGCUGGCAGAGUCGCACUCGUUUCUGUGUGUCCUCCUCCUACAGCACCCAGUGUAGUGGGCCACUGCGCGAGCAGAGACCUUGCAACAACUCUGCUAUUUGUCCAGUGCACGGCGCUUGGGACGAGUGGUCGCCGUGGAGUUUGUGUUCGUCGACCUGUGGCCGAGGUUACAGGUCCAGAACGCGAACCUGCACCCCCCCACAGUUUGGGGGAGAUCCCUGUGAUGGCCCAGAGAAACAGACCAAAUUCUGCAACAUAGCUGUCUGUCCAGUGGACGGAGUGUGGAACGAGUGGUCCAACUGGAGCUCCUGUUCCGCCUCCUGCUCUAAUGGGACCAUGCAGAGAACCAGGGAGUGUAACGGCCCCUCGUAUGGAGGCUCCGAGUGCAGGGGAGAGUGGCUGGAGACUGUUGACUGCUUCCUUGGGGAAUGCCCAGUGGAUGGCAAGUGGCAGCCGUGGUCUUUGUGGUCGGGCUGUUCCAAAACUUGUGGAGGGGGGAGCCAGCAGAGAAACAGGAUUUGUUAUGGGCCCUUUUUUGGAGGAAAGCCUUGUCCUGCGGAACGAGAAGAGGUCCGGCCCUGUAAUGAAAAGAAAUGCCCAGAACCUCAUGAAAUAUGUGGCGAGGACAACUUCUCCAAUGUUGUAUGGAAGAUGACUCCAGCUGGGGAUACAGCAGCAGUACGCUGCCCUCCCAACGCCAUGGGGCUUAUCCUGCGCCGCUGUACCCUGGACGAAGAGGGCAUCGCCUACUGGGAGAACCCCACCUAUAUGAAAUGCAUUUCUAAUGACUAUCGAAGUAUACAAACUUUGACUCGGGAACACUUGUCCAAAGCCCAGCGUGGCCUUGUGGGAGAUGGAGUUUCUGAGGUAAUGACCAAGCUGAGGGUGACAUCCAGCGAUGGGACCAGCUACAGUGGUGAUCUGCUGGCCAUGGUGGACGUGCUGAAGAACAUGACAGAGAUCUUCCGGAGGGCAUACUACAGUCCCAGCAGUGCAGACAUGAGGAAUUUUGUGCAGUCAGUCAGCAAUCUGUUGAUGGAAGAGAACAGGGAGAGAUGGGAGGAAGCACAACUGCUGGGGCCAAACAUCAAAGAGCUGUUCCGUCUGGUGGAGGACUUUGUUGAUGUCAUUGGCCUGAGGAUGAAAGACUUCCAAGACAUGUAUGAAGUCACCGAUAACCUAGUUUUGAGUGUCCAUAAGCGUCCAGUGGCGGGUCAUGCAGACAUCGGCUUCCCUAUGAAGGGCUGGAGGGGCAUGGCGGACUGGGCCCGCAGCUCUGAGGACAGAGUCACCAUCCCCAAGAACAUCCUGUCUACUGGCAAGCCAGAUGCAGACGAGUCCUCGACGUUUGUGACCGGCAUCGUUUUGUACAGAAACCUGGGCAGCAUUCUGAAUCUGCAGAGAAACAGCACAGUCCUCAACUCCAAGGUUUUGUCAGUGACCAUCAAGCCCACCCCUGCUUCCCUCUCUGCUCCAGUUGUAGUUGAGUUCUCCCACCUGUACAACGGCACCACCAACCAGACCUGUAUAUCCUGGGACGAGAGCGACAGUGAACUUGUAUCAGCAGAGAAGCGAAAGAAUGAGCGAGAUCCUCUGCUCGUCUCCUCUCUGCUGGGAUCCUGGUCUGCCAGGGGCUGCAAAGCCGUGCUAGUCGACUCAUUCCGAACCAAAUGCGUGUGUGACAGACUGUCCACCUUCGCCAUUUUAGCACGGCUCAAUCCCGAAAUGAACAUGGAUAAGACACAGCUUCCAUCCGUGACGCUGAUCGUGGGCUGUGGAGUGUCUUCACUGACAUUGUUGCUGCUCAUCAUCAUCUAUGUGUCUGUCUGGAGGUACAUUCGGUCUGAGCGCUCAGUCAUCCUCAUUAACUUCUGCCUCUCCAUCAUCUCCUCCAAUGCCCUUAUUCUCAUUGGACAGACACAGACACGGAAUAAGGUCUUUUGCACCCUAAUUGCUGCAUUUCUUCAUUUCUUCUUCCUGUCCUCGUUCUGCUGGGUUCUGACAGAGGCGUGGCAGUCCUACAUGGCAGUGACGGGCCGCCUCAGGAAUCGCAUCAUACGCAAGCGUUUCCUGUGUCUCGGCUGGGGUCUCCCUGCACUGGUAGUUGCAAUCUCAGUGGGAUUCACCAAGGCAAAGGGAUAUGGAACACCAAGCUACUGCUGGCUGUCUCUGGAAGGAGGUCUUCUCUAUGCAUUUGUUGGACCUGCUGCAGCUGUUGUCUUGGUUAACAUGGUUAUUGGGAUUCUCGUUUUUAACAAACUGGUGUCCAAAGACGGCAUUACUGAUAUGAAACUAAAGGAGAGGGCGGGGGCUCUCCAAUCAGGAUCACAUCAGUCUCAGAAGCCCCCUUCCAUGUCAUCAGUGAUUGGUCAGAUGACAGUGCCACUGUACAAUAUGACGCUCAAAUGUGCCAAGUGCGGAGUUAUCUCUUCGGCUGACGUUUCCACCACAGCUACCAGUAACGCCAUGGCAUCACUGUGGAGCUCCUGUGUGGUUUUGCCCCUUCUGGCCCUCACAUGGAUGUCAGCUGUCCUCGCCAUCACAGACCGGCGUUCUGCGCUCUUCCAGAUCCUCUUUGCUGUAUUUGAUUCCCUGGAAGGCUUCGUUAUUGUCAUGGUACACUGCAUCCUGCGCAGAGAGGUUCAGGAGGCAGUGAAGUGCCGUGUGGUUGACCGCCAGGAGGACGCUAAUGGAGAUUCAGGAGGAUCUUUCCAGAAUGGCCAUGCUCAGCUCAUGACUGACUUUGAGAAAGAUGUGGAUAUGGCUUGCAGAUCAGGCACUAUGAAGCGCUCAUCUCUCCAGGGGGAGGAGAAGGCCUCCACUGGGACCCUCACUCUUCAGAAGGGUUCCAACUUCAACACCAUGCCGGCCAGCAUGGCCAAAGUUCACCUGCAGAACGUGGCAGACUACACCAGCCACACUCUGACCCUGCGCAGGGAGAAGGGUCCCUCCAAGGGAAUCAGCACAGAGCUGCCAGGCGCCAAAUCCAUCUACAUCUGCGACGGCGAGCUCUUCAAGCAGCUGGACGGAGAGCUGCCUCGAGGAAACGGCGAAGGGAGCAGCUCUGAGGGCCCAGGCAAAGGCCCGGGGUACAUCAUCCUGCCGAGCAACAACACGGGCACCCUGAAGCUGGCCAAGGGGAAAGAGGAGCAGGCAGCCAAGUACAACGUGGGCAUAGAGCAGCUGCCUCAGACCAGGCUCAUUCACCUGGCUAACCCUGCCAGCGGAGAGCCGGUGCCUGGCUUUGGGCUGAAGAGCCUUCCCGCUGACCAGAUCAGUGUUUCGUGCUCUGACAGAGACUCACCUGUACACAAUCUGCCGAAUAUGCCCAGAGACUCCCAUGCGGCCAACAGCAUGUGCGACGGGGGAGAUUCCGGAAACUCUGGUGUGAUGUCUAAGAGUGAGACUGUCUCCACACUGUCCAUGAGCUCACUGGAGAGACGAAAAUCACGCUAUGCAGAGCUUGACUUUGAGAAGAUUAUGCACACCCGGAAACGCCACCAGGACAUGUUUCAGGACCUGAACAGGAAGAUUCACAGUGCAGACAAGGAUAGAGAAUCCCCACCUGUUGACGCCAAAGCUGCCAAAAGAUGGAGUGUGUCCUCUGCCAGCAGCGACAAGACCAACAUGAGUGACAAGCAGCAGACCCCAAGUAAGAGGGUGUGGGAGGGCAUCAGGAAGACCCACUCCCCCCCAUCCUGGGUGAGGAAGGACCUGGAGACAGUGGCAGCCUCCCCUCUGGAGCUGCAGACGGUGGAGUGGGAGAAGACCAGCGCCACCAUCCCUCUGGUGGGCCAGGAGAUCAUGGACCUUCAGACGGAGGUGUGACCAAGAUUCCGGGCCUCACACCCACAACUUCCUUUUCUUCCCCGAAGAUCUCAAACAAACAAGCAGACACACCACAACACACUGCCCUGCUCUGUAUUUCUACUCAAAGGCUGGACCGAGCCCAGUGCAAGAACGUGAGGGGGAAGGAGGGCGAGGCGGAGAGAGAGAAGCGUUACAAUGUCCAAAAAUUCAUUAAACCGAUAAAAAGAGAGAACAGGAAAAUAGCGUCUCUUUCUAUGUUGUUUCAUUUUAACGUUUGGACAGUGUUUUUGUCUGAAAACACUGGUCAUCUUCUUGUAUAUGGUCUCAGAUACAACAGUGGCUCACAUGGUAGACAGAUUCAGCCACUAUAUGUGCAUUAUAUAGCCGUGUUAUGAACCAUAAAGCAAAAGGUAACCAUGCUAUGUUUACCCCUGUAUUAAAUGAGUACAAUGUGAUUAUCCUGAUUAUGUCUUGUUUUGUUUCACUGUUGAGAGUAUCGUUGCAUAACUGUUCUGCUCUCUCUCUCUCUCGUGAUGAACGCUGUUGUAUGCGGCUCGAGAUCCCCUCCGGACUUAUUUUUUUUUUCAACAUCAAUCUCAAAAGGGAACGGACCAGGCAGACUGCCAAACACACACCACAUGUAACCCUCGAUGCACCCCCCCCCCCAUUCAACGACUCAACACAAUCCUUUUGGCUACACCACUUUAUCCCCCGUGAUCCUGACGGGGCAAGGUCAGCCCCGCAGUGACAAGCGAAGCACCGAGGGGCUUAAAAAAAAAAAAAA